GUGUAGCUUCGGCCGCCGUGAGAGAUGGAGGUGUACGCAUCCUCCUCUCCCGCUGGCGUGUGUAUGUGACUCGAGUGGUGAUACAAACGGUUAAUCCACGGGUAAUAGUGGUGGCCAGCGGCGUCCCCAGCUCUGUAGCGGCCGCCAGUGAAGUGCGGGUGGUGGUGACGCGCGUGCCUUACCCGGGAAGUGAUUUAAAUGCUAAUUACCGUAAACAGCGGUGGUCUCAGUGCGCGGGGCCCAGGCUGCUGGUGAGAGGUCACGCCAGGUCACCUCUCCCACGCAACCCGCCCUCUGCCCUGUCCCAGGCCCUGCACAGUGCUAGCUGGCAUAGCGGCCCGGGCACCGCUGGCUGGGGCGGCGGGCGGUGCGUGAUGCCGCCAUGUCCGGGUGGCGAGUGUGGCAGCUGGUGGGGUGGCUGGUGCCCGACCGACGCAGCGCCCCCGACCAGCGCCGGCAGCUGCGGCCCCACGCCUCGCCGAGGGGCUCACGUUCUCUCUUCACCUCUCCAACGCACGGGGUGGCCCCCACCGGGGAAGACCCCAACCACCUGCGCCGCAGCCUAAGUUGUCUCGAGCAGCAUCCAGACGAGGUCGGAUUUCCCGCAAACCACGCGGCUCCUGCAAACCCUGCAACACUACCAAACCCUGCCGCACACAACUCCCCCGCACUCCCUACCAGCCCCGCAGUUGCCGCAGCCCCCGCAGGCCCAGCAGCCUCCGCUGUCUCAACAGUUCAUGCGGCCCCCGCAGUCCCUGCAGCUGCCUCAGGCCCGGAGGAGCCUUCAGGCCAACCAGGAAAGCGUGGAACCGUGACUGAAACCCGGCAAGUCUCCUCGUCGGCUACACUUCCUCGCGCUAGCUCCAGGCGGCGGUCACUGCCUGUGUCCUCCGAAGAUGACGACGGUCGCCACACGUCCCUCUCCAGGAGGAUGUCGGUGCAGUCCUCGGGCCGCCGCCACCCCAACCCUCAGGGUCAUGCAGCUUUGUCUGGUAGUCACACGUGGACCAGGAACUCAACGAGGGAGAGGCUGGCCGCCGUCACCAGUGGGAUGGGCGGCAAAGAAAAGGCAAAAGACAACGCUCAACCUGACCACGACAACACCCGCACCAGCCUCUCCCUUCAUUUGACCUCCAACGGGCUCUCCUCGGCCACCAGUGCCCAUGGAAUCUCUCGCUCAGACAGCUCAGCGGCGGGAGCCGAAGGCGACGCGGCGUUCUGUCGCCUGCGGGAGGCCGUCACCAGCCGGGCAUCGACCGCUAAGACAACCAAGAGUCCCUUGUCGCCUCUCGCGCUUCCUACCACCACCUCCGCCGCCAUUGCCGCUGCGGCAGCAAGCCUCAGGUCUAAUCUUAAACCAAAGAGCCAGCUGAGGCGCAGGAGAUCCGAUUCUGGUCAUUCUGUGACUUUCGACCUGCCGGAAGACUGUGACAACCUGGGCACGGCGCGCGUCGUGCGGAGCGACGCCGAGCCGCUGUCCAAAUGUAUGAAGGACCACCAGAACAUGCGGGAGCAGAGUGGCGCGCGGGAUAGGCGGCGGCAUGGCGACGACCCGCACGACGAGGUGCUGACGUGGCUCUCCGCCGGCGAUGUGGGUCAGGGCCUGGCCGAGAGGGCGCCUACGCCAGGCGUUGGCCUAGAGGCUCUCUCGGUUAGUAUUAACAGGGACGACUCGGCCCGCAGCCCCGUCUGGCCCAAACCCACACUCCCUGAGGUGGCGGCCAUGGCGGUCCUCAGCCCGGGCCUUGGAGAAUCCGCCGUCAGCCCUUGCGGGCCGCUGUCCGACAAGACUACCUCCCCUGUCCCGCCCCUGCAGCCGCCCACGCCGACGCCCCAGCACAGCCAAGCCUCCCUGGAGUGGUCCUCCACGGACAGUGGCGGGCCGGACUCUGGGUACUGGGGUGCCGGCGAGGCCCCUGUGGCCACGCGGCGGGGCGUGAAGGUGGUGUCGCGGGGCAGGGAGCUGCUGCUGCCCUACGCCUGUCUGCACCGCGGUCGCCUCCAUCUACGCAUCGUCAGAGGUGAGUCGGCUCCUUCAGGCUGCUUGGGGACACUCCGGGAGCCGCGCGGGGUUUUAUUGCUUCAUGUCGCUCGGAUCAGACAGAGGCUGCACACUUCUCUCCUCCCUCCCUCCCUCCCUCCCUCCCUCCUUCCCUCCCGCUCUCUUUACUCCUUGUAUCUUCCUUUCCCGCCUUUUACUUUUCUUUCAACACAACCGCCGCGCUCACUUCCCUUCACCUCGCCCCGGGCGUGGAGGAGAAACGAAAAUGAGAAGGCACAGUGGACAAUAGUCUCUUUCUCCUUCUCUUCUAUUGGUCUUUUCUUACUCCUAUAA